AUGCAUGGAGUAGAUGGCUGCCUCGCCGUGGAAACAGGAGAAGCUUUUACCACACGAGCUUUCCAGCUAACCAUGUGCAGCGGUGGCUCUUAUUCCAUCUACUAUGCCCUGGCCGUUGCUAGCAAGCAACUCAACCUAGAACACAGACCCGACUUCACCAACACGGAGCCUGCAGCUAACAUCGGCCCCUUCCCUCAAUGGGGAGAUCCAAAGAAGAUCGUGGCCAUGGAUCCAUGGGGUCACCUGGCUCCUUGGCUCUUCAAAGACACUAUUGAGAAGCAAAACGUUGACAUUCGCCCGACAAUUGCCAUCACGAAGGCACACAUGAAGCUUCCUGAACUAGAGGAGAGUGUCAAGAGCGGGCGACUUGUCCCCGACGGCAAGGUCUGCCUCAACAAGUUCGGAGAGCUUGCCGUGACUAAGUUCGCCGUUGAGCCGGUCUGGUAUCUUCCUGGCGUAGCUGAGAGAUUUGGCAUCGACGAGGGCGCCCUGAGGCGAUCUCUCUUCGAGCAUACCGGCGGCAGCUAUCCUGAGCUCAUCACCAGGAAUGAUAUCAAAGUUUUUCUACCACCCAUCGGUGGGCUUACUGUAUACUGCUUCGGCGACCCGGCCAAGAUGUCCGAUGAGUCGGUGCGGCUGGCGCUGCGCAUCCACGAUGAGUGCAACGGUAGCGAUGUCUUUGGUUCCGACAUCUGCACAUGCCGUCCUUAUCUCAUCUUUGGGAUUGAGGAAGCGGUCAAAGAGGCUCAGAACGGCGGCAGCGGUGUAGUCAUCUACUUUCGCAAGGAGGGCAGAGCCCUCGGCGAAGUCACCAAGCGGGGUGAAGACCGAGCGUCCGACUACUUCAAGAGAACAGAAAACAUAGCUGGAGUGAAGGACAUGCGUUUCCAGGCGCUGAUGCCUGAUAUCUUGCACUGGCUCGGAAUUCGCAAGAUUGACAGGAUGCUAAGCAUGAGCAAAAUCCCUAUACACGAACGCGUCGAGCUGCCCGAAGAACUGAUCCCGGCAGACUCUCGGGUCGAGAUCGAUGCAAAGAUCACCGCCGGUUACUUCACUGCCGGGAAGCGCAUGACGGAGGAAGAGCUGAGGGCUGUACAGGGCAGAAUGUGGGAAGAUCUUGAUCACUGA